CCUAUAGCAAGUGCGAUAACUGAUAAAACAUAUGUCUUGAAUUAUAUAUACAAUUUUAGUGGAAGGGAGUAAUCAGUAAUAUUUAUCUGAAUCAGCUAGGAUUAAUUUGACGGGGAGGGCAGUUCAUCGCGUAUCUUCCUUAGUUAUAAAUCUCGUGGAUUGGCUGCCUUUUUUUAUCGUUGUGCCUUAUAAAUGUCACGCAAUAUUAUAAGUUCAAGUAGAUUUAAAAAAAAAUUUAAGUUUCUAGUUUUGUUUUACUAUUUUUAGGAAAAAAAAAGAAAAGCCAACUCUCUCUCUCAAUGGUGCAUAUGAAUUAUCGGUGAAGUCAUGGAAAUAAAAUUCUACUUGUGUCGAUAUUCGAUUAUUUAUUUGCUGAUUUCAAUCGCAAGUGUCAAGAGCAUUAAUAAUUCUUCUCACAAUGAAGAUUCUUCGCUGAAAGGACUUUUUAAUGAGACGAGAAAUUCGCCAUUAUUCAAUGAGACUAUUGGAACAUUGAAAAUAAUAACACCGACGAAUGACAAUGAAACAAAUAAUAAGGAGUCUUGUGCAGUUCGAUCGAUUCAUGAUUUUCCUGAUGAUCUAUUUAGUCGAUAUGAAAGACAACAAGGAGCUGUUAUCUUGCACGCAUUUUUUGGAUUCUAUUGUUUCCUACUGACAGCAUUUAUUUGCAAUGAUUAUUUACUGCCUGCUCUUGAUUGUAUUUGUGCUGAUUUGAAUAUCAGUGCCGAUGUUGCUGGAGCAACAUUUCUUGCAACAGCAAGUUGUUUUCCGGAAUUAUUUGUUAAUGUUGUUGGGACAUUUUUAACUGAAUCUGAUCUUGGAACUGGCGCAGUUGUUGGAAGUGCCGUUUUCAAUACUUUUGUUACACCGGCUUGUGGAGCUUUAUCAGCUGCCGAGGCAAUUCACUUAAAAUGGGGAAUAUUAACACGAGAUUGUAUAAUUUAUAUAAUCUCCGUGAGCUGUUUGGUAAUUAUCAUGUGGGAUGGAGUAGUAACUUGGUAUGAGGCGUCAAUACUUUUAUUAUUGUUUGCCGGUUACUUUAGUAUUUUAUUCUUCAGCGGAAGAAUCUCACGACUAUUCACAAGUUUUGCCAAAAAACCAAGACUUUCAAGUGAUAAAAGUAUAGAUAAAAAGAAACAUGACGUUAUGCCACAUGGAACGUACAAACCAUUCUUUCACGGCGAAUUGGUGAUUGAAUAUAGAAAUAGUUUAGUGAAAACUGCAAAUUUCAAAGCAGCCGUGAAUGGAGAAAUUCCGCAUAGUUUAAAAGAACCAUUGGAAGUAUACGUUGAACCCGAGACUAUAUUCACAUGGCCGAGAAAUUCAACAUUAGCACAAUUUUGGUUUCUAUUCACAUGGCCAUUGAGAUUUAUUUUAUUUUUAACAAUUCCCGACACGAGAUAUCAUCGAUUUCGUAAUUGGUAUCCUGGUACAUUUAUAAUGUGUGUCAUUUGGAUUGCUGUCGCUUCAUAUUUAGUUUCUUGGAUGACAACCGUCGUUGGCGAUACACUUGGAAUUCCCGAUUCCGUUAUGGGAAUCACAUUUUUAUCAGCUGGAGGAAAUAUGCCCGAACUUGUAUCAAUUGUCAUUCUCUCAAAGCGAAAUCAUGGAGAUAUGGCAAUGAGUAAUACUCUAGGAGCAAAUACUCUGGACAUUCUUUUCUGUCUGGGACUGCCCUGGACAAUAAAAGUAUUAUUAAGUGGAAAAAAUGUACAAAUUCAAAGCGGUGCCAUCGCCUAUAGUGUAUUAGCAAUAAUAAUUUGUGUCGUAGGUUUUUACGCGGUCACCGCGUACUACGGAUUUAAAUUAAAUAAAAAAGUAGGGCUGGCAUGUCUAGUUAUGUAUACGAUAUAUUUAGUCAUUGCCAUUCUUUUAGAAUUGAAUACAUUCUUCUUUGUCAAUUGGCCAAUGUGUGACGAUUGACAAUAAUUAAAAGAAAAAUCAUAUUUUUUCAUGGUCACAAGUUGAAAUCUUUCAUGGGAAAAAAAAGUUAUUUGUAAUUAAUUAUUUUAAUUACAAAAAAAAAAUCUACGUAAAAGUAGAAGACAAAAGGAAUAAGAGAUUUAAAGAAAAGUUGUAAAGAAAGGAAAAUUGUUAACGAGUUGCUGGAGGGAAAGAAAGAUUUACAUAGCAACUUUUAAUGAGGCAUGAAAGAAAUCUAUUUUUUCUUCAAUGAAGAAAUAUCAAUAGAUUAAUUACUAGGUAAUUUAUUAAUAAAUACAGAAGGAAUUAUUUUAAAUUCUGUUACCUUAAAGUAAAAAAUUCGCAAAUUUUGAUCGAUUGAUAAAUUUAUUAUCAUCAAGUCAAUAAUAAUUAUUAUCAAUUUAAUAAUAAAUAAAUUGAUAAUAAUUUAUUUAAUUAUCUAUUUAGGUAGAUUAAUUGAUGUUCUUAGCUAAUUGACUAGCUAAUAUUUUAGCUAAAUAAUUUUCAGUAAAUACUAAAUUAAUUGAACUUUAAGGAAAAACGAUUUUAAAUAUUCUUUUUCAUUGUACUAAUAAUAAUAAUACUUAAAAAUUAUAAUAACAAGAAUAAUAAGAAAUAAUAAUUUUAAUAAUAAGAAUAGUAAUCAUAAUGAUAAUUAAUAGUUGAUAAUUUUUUAUAUUGAAAGCGAUAUUAUGUAUUUAUAUAUUUAUGUGCAAAGAACUGACAUUUUAAUAGACGCGCAACGAAUCUUUGUUUGGCUUUUUUUCUAUAAAUAAACCAAAAAAAAAGUGAAUGAAAAAUCUGAAUUUAUUUUUGAGAAAACAUUUCAAUAGAUGAGCAACGAAUCUUGUUAAGCUUGUUUUCUAAAUAAAAAAAGUCUAAUGAAAAAUCAGAAUUUAUUUUCUAGGAAAGGAUUUAUUCUUGAGGAAAGAGAGAGAGAUGUAAAUAAGAAAUACGAAUUUCGGUAGAAAAGUAACUUUCUAUUGGCAAUAAUAAUCACUUCUCUUUUUUUUAAAAUCGUGACAAGAAAAUUUGUUGCAGUGGCAAACAAAAAAAACAAUAUUACAAUAUUUCGUUUUUUUUCUUGCAUUCAGAAAAUUUUUUUUUUCGUGAAACACACAAAUCUCGCUAUUUAAAAAAUAUAACAAUUGAACAAUGAUUUAUAUCUAUACAUAUAACAAUUUAACAAAAUUACAACAAAUAACGU